GCGUGCGGCGGCGGCGGCGGCGGCUCUGGCGCUCGGAGGAGCCACUCGCUCGCUCGCUUCGGCGGAGUCCCGCCAUUUCCCGCCCCGCUUUUCCGGCCACUUUUUUUUUUUUUUUCCCUGCCCCGUGCUUAGCCGGAGUCUGCUGGAAGGAAGCUGCGGACUAUAAAUAGCUCCGGCUACGGACGCUGCGUGUGCAACGGACUGGGCAGGCACGGCUAGCCGUGACGCCUCGGCUGGAAGGGAGGAACCGCCAGAAUUUCAGCCUGGAGAUCCAGAUCUUUAUCUUAAAGACUGCCUGCCUGUGAAUCUUGGGCUGUGGCACCCAACAAAUUCUGAAGAACUGUGAAUUCCAAUUUGUCAGGUUGAGAGAUUGAUCAUGGAUAUCAAGGAAGAAGGGGCACCAGAGGAAGAACAGCGGUUUAUUCCAUCUGCACAAGCAGAUAGUUAUGUGGAGUCUAAACUCACAAGUCUCAAGAAGUUUGUUAAUGAGCCAAAGUUUGAAUUCAGUCUUGCAUGUAAAGAUUUAGUGGCUCCUACACGGGAUCGAAAACUGAAUACAUUUGUGCAGAUCACUGUAGUGCAUCCAGGAGAACAGAACCAAACAAGAUACACAAGCACGGAAAUUGUGGAGGGAACAAAAGACCCACUGUUUUUGACUGGUGUGACGUUCCCCCCAGAUUACCCUAUCUACGAGGAGACUAAAAUAAAGCUAACAGUCUAUGAUGUUAAGGAUAAAUCUCAAGACACAGUUCGGACCAGCAUCCUGGCAGAAAACAAAGAUCCAAGGACAGACAGUGGGCGAAGUUUCCUGGGUUCUGCUACUUUUAAAGUAGGCGAAUUGGUGAAGUCAGAAGAGCAGCAGUUGACUCUUAGCCUCAGGAGUUUAGAUGGUGGGAAGACAUUUGGCACUAUAGAUGUCAGAUUUAUAAACAUGGGGAAGACUGAAGAUGAGGAAUCAAAUCAGAUCACAACAGAUGGAAAGGAACAAAAGAUAAAAACCCAGUGUGCCUUGGUUUAUUCAUGUUCAUCUCCAGAAAAUAUAAUUUAUAAAGAUAAUUUACCAUUAUUAAAUGCAGUGUUAAAAAACCCAAUCUGUAAAUUAUAUACGUUCCCCACUUCUGACAACAAGUGGAUGUAUAUACGAGAACAGAUGUUUGAGAGCAAUCUUUCUUUUCAUGUUCCCAAGGAACUCAUCAAUCUACACAUAAAGGAAGAUCUCAAAAGGAAUCAGGACCUUAAAGAACUUGGGGAGCUUUCUCCACAUUGGGACAAUAUGCGUAAAAAUGUUAUUGCACACUGUGAUCAAAUGUUGAUCCUGUACCAAAAUAUGCUUUCAGAACUUGGAAAAUAUACAGGCUCUUCUUUCAAAUCAAGUUGUAGUAAAGGAGAAAAAACACUAGAAUUUGUUCCAAUAAAUCUACAUCUGCAGAGAAUGCUUGUGCAGGGUCCUUGUAUAAAAGAUGUUCUUUAUGAUGUCAUCACUGUGGGAGCUCCUGCAGCACAUUUUCAGGGAUUUAAAAAUGGUGGUCUUCAGAAAUUAUUGAAUAAAUUUGAGGCAGAAAGACGAAAUACUGGGUACCAAUGUAUUUAUUAUUCACCUGAAAACACUGCCAAGGCAAGAGAAGUUCUCAGUAACAUCAAUCAAUUACAGCCUCUCAUAUCAAGUCAUGCAGACAUGUUACUUAAUUCGGCCAGACAACAGUUGCCAGAAAGCUUGAAGAAUUCCUUAAAGAUGCUUUCAGAAACUACAGAGUUAUUUGUGCAUGCCUUUAAGGAUCAGCUUAUCAGAAGUGCCCUUUUAGCUUUAUACACAGCCCGCCCUGGUUGUGUCUUAAAAAAACCAACUUUGCCAAGGAAUAACACUGAAGAGAAUAGCGAACAACAAAAUCAGGACCAUCCAUCACAAAUCAAGAGACAAGAUUCCAUACCUCACCACUCAGAAUAUGAUGAGGAAGAGUGGGAUAGGGUGUGGGCCAAUGUAGGGAAGAGUUUAAACUGCAUUAUUUCAAUGGUGGACAGAUUGAUUGAAAAGAACACUCCCAGCAUCAGUAAGGAAAAUGAAAAAGAACCUUCAUCAGCAUCUCAUAUAAGUGGUGACUGGUAUGAACAACUAUAUCCUCUCACAGUUACACUGAACGACUGUAUUGGAGAAGUGGUGACUAGGGCAAAGGAGUCGAUGUCUUUUGUUCUGCUUCAGGAGCUUGCAUGUUGUUUGCCACAGUGUUUAACGUUGACAUUAAGAAGAGAUAUAGUCUUCAGUCAAGCACUUGCUGGAUUGAUCUGUGGAUUCAUCAUCAAGUUACACUCCAAUUUAUGCGAUCAAGGCUUCCUCCAGCAACUUCAUACAGUGGGCCUAAUUGUUCAGUAUGAAGGACUUCUCAGUACAUAUAGUGAUGAAAUUGGGAUGCUAGAAGAUAUGGCUGUGGGAAUAUCAGACUUGCAAAAAGUCAUGUUUAAAAUAACUGAAACUAAAUCAGAUGACCUAAUGCCUGUUAUAACUGGAAGACGGGAACAUUAUAUAAUAGAAAUAAAGCUUCCAGAAAAGAUGUUUGAGUUGCUUCCUCAAGAGAUUAAAGAUGGAAAAUUGCUCUAUGUCUAUCCAGUCCUCUUUAAUGUUGGAAUCAAUGAACAACAAACACUUGCAGAAAGGUUUGGAGAUACCUCCUUGCAAGAAAGCCUUAACCAGGAAAAUUUGGAAUUGCUAAAAGAAUAUUAUAAGUUAUUAAUGGAAAAAAUACCUCCCGAUUGCCUACCACAUUUUCAGGAACAGAAUGAUUUGAAAGGAUUACUAGAAAAUCUUCAUCAAAAUAUUCGGACUAAAAAAAGAAAGAAUGUAGAAAUCAUGUGGUUGGCUGCAACGAUUUGCCGCAAGUUAAAUGGUGUACGGUUCACCUGCUGUAAAAGUGCCAAAGAUAGGACAUCAAUGUCAGUGACACUGGAACAAUGUUCAAUUUUAAGAGAUGAGCAUCAGUUGCACAAAGAUUUCUUUAUUCGAGCACUGGACUGUAUGAGGAGACAAGGAUGCCGCAUAGAAAAUGUCCUGAAGAAUAUCAAAUGCAGAAAGUAUGCUUUCAACAUGAUUCAGCUGAUGGCUUUCCCCAAGUACUACCGGCCACCAGAGGGAACAUAUGGAAAAGCUGACACCUAAGCUCUUAGAUAAAAAGGCCCUUUUGAAAGUUUGCAGGAUUACACAGCUACACUCAUUAGUUAACGCGCAUAUGUUUUGUGUGUUUUUCAGGUUGGGAGGAUGCCUUUAAGCAGACAUACCUAGGAUUUGUUUUAUCAAACUGUACCAUCACUCAAAAGAAACUUCAGUAUAUAUGGUAGAUUGAGCAUCCAGGCAUUGAGUUAUCUGUUGAAUAAAUACAGAAUUUUCAUAAAAUACUGUACGAUGUAUAUCAUAGGUUCACUAGAGUUAAGGGUUUGAUCCACAGUCCAAUAAAAAGGUAAAUCAUAAGUCUGGACUUAAAAUCCAGCUCUUGAAUAUUGAUUCCUGGAAGUAAGAGCAAAGUCAAGUUACUACUUUGCUGUUAUAUAUAAAAUUCAUAAUCGAAUUUGAAGAAAAAACAAAUUACUUUGCCUUAUUAAAUAUGUGAAGAUAUCACAUUUUCUGGGUUAUUUUUGCAGCUCCAUCUAUAUUUACUUCCAGCUUUUUCUUUUAAGUUCAUUCAUGUUGGUGGCAUGUUGCAAUCACCCUGUAAGCAGAAUUAGUAUUUCUUAACUAAAAGAGCUUUAAAGAUAGUCUAUAACAAAGAUGACCAAUAGAAACUAUUCUUUGAAAAUACUGAAAACAUGAAGAGAAAUACAUGUAAAAAGCCUUUAUUGGAAGCUUAAACAAUGUUUACAUUUGAAUAAAAGUUAUAGGAUUUCAAUAAUGUUGGAACUGUUAAAAUUAAAUACUGAUCAGAAGAAAGGGUUGAUUUAUUGACUUUUUGGUUAAUCUAAUUUAAUUCAUGCAACAUUAAAUUUUAUUUGUACAUGCUAAAAGGUAAGAUUUAUUUAGAAAUUAAUUUGUGAAUGUUAAUGCAGAAUUGCAAAAAGUGCCUUUUGUGUAAAAAACAAGAUUAGUUUAAGUUUUACAUUAGACUCAUAGCUGCUGCAAUGAAACUAUUGUUUAUACAAAUGGUGCUGUUUAAGAAAUUUAGACAGAUUUCACGUUCAUUAUGAAAUAGUGAUAUCUGGCAAUAGAAAAUUUUGCCAGGAUGUUGAAGUAUAUCCAAUUCAAACAUUUAGAAUGACUUUGUCCAGCCAAAACUUCCAUUAUCUACAGGCAGUACAAUGAUAUUUCUUGAGGUUGUCCAGCUGUUCUACAAAAUGAAAGUUACUAAUUUUUGCAGAAAUACUAACCUGGAAAUUGAAUCAAAAGUUGUGAAGUAUCAAACUCCAAGUUGAUUUUCUUCUUUUUCAUCUCUUAUCCACAAAAGUCAGAUCUCUCUGUGAAAGAACCAUCUAUUUUUAAACUGUAUUUAAAAAUGCUUUAGGGUCCUGUAAAUCUAUUCCUUUGUAAGAAUCUUGCAUGAUGCUUUAGGAAUCAAAAUUCUUUGAGAUAAAAUAAAUUGGCUUCUCAUUCUUUAUAGUGCCAAAAUUAUAGUGUUAAAAUGCCAUCAGGCAUCCCAUUUUAAUAAUUAGGAAUGAUCAGUGAAGUAAGUUUCCUAUUCUUUGCUUGCUUUAAAUGGGAAUGAAUAAUUGAGUGCAUAGUCAGUUUUUUUUAUUAAAAUAGUACAUUCCUAAAACACAGACCCUGCAGCAAAAUAUCAAAGCAUGUGUAAAGAGCUAACUACACAUGAAACUUGAAUAUAAGAUAUCACCAAACAUUUGCAUAUAAUGUCAUUAUUUUUGGAAGGACUCGUACAUAAAAAAACUGCAUUGUGUAUCCAUCAGAAUUGAAAUAAUAGAGCAACAUAUUCUAAUAACAAAAUUCAUUUCUUGCUCAAAUAAACAGUUUGGGGAUAUGUUUCAUAAAAGUGCAAACAGCAAGCAGUGUCAUCUUCCAAAUACUGUAAUCAUUCUAUACAUGUUGACUGAAGUGAGAAAAGCCUAUUCUGGAUUGCUACUAUUUAAUUACUUCCAUUGGGCAGGUCCUGAAGAAUUAACCACUGGAAUGUGACUUUUCUCCACUUCAGUUGUAUAGCACUGACACUACAACUAAAUACUCCAACAGUUUUUCUUAAGAUCAUUAUAUGCAACUCAUUUUCAAGCAGUCGCUACUAUAAAUGAGUAUCAAGUAUCUUACUUAAGAAAGUAUCUUACUUAAAGAAAAUGACAAUUUAACUUGUAGAAAGAUGAAAUACUUUUAUUCUCUAAUCCCAGGUUUUAUGGCAGAUGAGAAAGAAUUCUAUGAUAGGCAGGAUUAGCUGAUAUACAUAACUAUCGGUAAAUGUAGUUUAAAUUAUAGUAUGAUAUAGUAUAACAUGAAAAAUGUUAACUGAAUUAGCAUAUAUACCUGGCAUAUUUUACACACACACACACACAAAUGUACACACACACAUAGCAUUUGUCCAAAUACUUGGAGAUGAAUGCAGCACAGAUAUUAAAAAGUUAAGAUGGUGGCCAUGACUAAAACUUUACCCUUUGUAUGUGUACGCGCAAAAGAGAAAGGGCAUCAAUUGUGUGAUUGCAGCUGCCAUCUUGAUCUUUUUCUUUUACCCAUUUCUGCAAACAUCCCUGAAAAUAAUCUCUAUUUUUUAAUACAUUUUAAAUAGUAGUACAACGUACCAGUAUAGGCUCAAUGUUUUAGAGCAUUACACUGUUUAGAAGAAUCUGUUUCCUCUCCUUACUUUGUGGCAUUUUCUUUCUUGUUCCUGGAACCAUAUGAGGUACCAUUCAUUUUCUGAUA